GCUUCCGCUUAUAUGCUUCUCACGCCAUCAUUCAACAAAACUCUUCUCUCUCUCUUUCUCUCUCUUCCAAUAUAUAUACACAUAUAUUUUUUUUUAUUUCUCUUCUUUUGUUUCCAUCAUUAUGCGUUGCGCAUUGAAUCGAACGACAAAUUAAACCAUGAAACGACAUUGACGUUAACGAUUUCUUCAUAGUUUUUCAUUUUAUCGGCGAUGGCGGCGGCGGUGGACGACAGGUUCGCCGAUUUGCAGAACCCUAAGACGUGCGUCGUUUUGGGCGGCAGAGGCUUCCUCGGUAGAUCGCUGGUACUUAAGCUUCUCAAUUUCGGUAACUGGAUCGUCCGAGUCGCCGAUUCCGCCGAGUCAAUUCAGCUCCACGCUUCCGAGGCUCUUCUCUCUGAUGCUCUCUCUUCUGCUCGCGCCUCUUACUUUCACCUCGAACUUAGGGAUAAACUCAACGUAGCCAAAGUUCUCGAAGGUGCUUCGGUUGUCUUUUAUAUGGAUGUUGCUGGCUUGAAUCCGAAUGACUUCUAUAGUUGCUAUACUCUUAUAGUGCAAGGUGCCAAGAAUGUCAUUAGUGCUUGCAGAGAAUGUAAAGUGAAACGCCUGAUUUAUAACAGCUCCGCGGAUGUAGUAUUUGAUGGUUUCCAUGAUAUACAUAAUGGAGAUGAAUCAUUGCCAUAUCCAUGGAAAAUUGAAAACGUGUUAAGUGACUUUAAGGCUCAAGCAGAGGCAUUGAUCCUCAGUGCCAAUGACAUUGAUGGCUUGUUGACAUGUGCUCUUCGUCCUUGUAAUGUUUUUGGACCUGGUGACACGGAGUUUGUGCCAUUUUUUCUUGACUUGGCAAGAUUUGGAUUUGCAAAGUAUAUUAUAGGGACUGGCGAUAAUAUGUCAGACUUUACCUUUUAUGAGAAUGUUGCUCAUGCCCAUAUAUGUGCAGAAGAAGCCUUAAACUUUCAAACAGUCUCUGUGGCUGGAAAGGCAUUUUUUAUUACUAAUUUUGAGCCUAUGAAGUUCUGGGAAUUUCUCUCACUUUUGUUGGAAGGUCUUGGAUAUCAAAGGCCACUCACCAAACUUCCUGUCAAUUUGGUGCAAUUCGUUCUCUCAGUUUUAAAGUGGAUGCAUGACAAGUUGGGGUCCGGAGGCUUCAGUUAUCCUUUGUUAGUUCAUUUUUUUCAGUUAGCAACACACACCAGAACUUUCAGCUGCACCGCAGCUCGGAGAGAACUUGCAUACUUACCAAUAAUCUCCCUUGAGGAAGGGAUCGCAUUAACCAUAGAUUCGUUCUCUCAUCUAGCCAGAGAGCUAUCUAUUUCAGGAUGCUGUGAUUCCACUGAACAGUCAAAAGCAGCUAAACUGCUUGGAGGUGGAAAAGUGGCUGAUGUUUUGUUGUGGAGAAAUGAAAAGACAUCCUUUGCAUGUUUCAUUGUGAUGGUUUUGUUAUUUUACUGGUUUUUCCUCUCUGGAAGCCCUUUUAUAUCAUCUGCUGCCAAAUUCUUGAUGCUUGUCACAUUUCUUCUCUUUGGAUGGGGUACUCUACCAGCAAACCUAUUUGGGUUUCAAACAAAAAGGAUAUCCUCCUCUAGUUUUAAGAUAUCUAAUUCAGAAAUGAAAGGUUCAGUUACAACUACAGUGAAUCAGUGGAACAACAAUUAUAAAACUAUAAGGAGACUGCGUCAAGGGGAAGACUGGUUGACGUUCUUCAAGAUUGCAAUUCCACUUUACUUUCUGAAGUUGAUCUUGUCAGCGCAUAAGUUGACGACAUUUGUAGGGAUAGGUUUGGUAUUUGCAUUCACUGCAUUUUUUAUUUACGAGCAAUACCAAUCAGAAAUUGAUUUAUUAGCGGAAAUUCUUUUCGCUCAAUUGAAUGCACUCAUGAGAUACUUGAUGCGUGUUUUAUCUGAUUUGACUUCGCGUCUUCUGCAAAAAUUUGGCAAGGCUCGGUCUUACAAGGAACCAGAAGUAAAGGAACUAAGAUAGUCAUAAGAGUUUUUGGCUUUCUAUUACUUGUAGGCAAGAGUUGUUUCCCCAAAAGAAAAACAGAAAAUGGCAGAGAUGUAAACAUCUUUUAGGAAAUUGGAAUGGCCUCUCCAGUUUUCUUUAAAGACAAACCGGACUGGGGAACUAGGCUGGAGAUGUUGCUUCUGAUUUUUGACAUUAUUGUGGUACUCUUUUUAACUGGCGAAUCAUUAAUCUAAUCGUUCAUUGAUUUGACAUCAAUGAUCUUGUGCAAA